GUGCAGGAGGAGAUUGCGCUGCUGGGCAGCCUGCAGCACAGGCACAUUGUGCGCCUGGUGGACGUGCAGCUCACCGACAGCCACAUCCAGCUGGCCAUGGAGCACGCGGGCGGCGGCACGCUGCAGCAGCUCCUGCGCUCCAAGGGCGGCGCGCUGACCGAGCCCGAGGCGCUCCGCAUCUUCCUCCAAAUCUUCCGGGCAGUCGAGUACUGCCACCGCCGCUGCGUGGUGCACCGCGACCUGAAGCCGGAAAACAUCUUGCUGGAUGCGAGGGGUGAAGUAAAGGUUGCUGACUUUGGGGUGGCCAGCAUCCUCACGCCCUUUGACGGCGGCGUCAGCACGCUUGCUGGCACCCCAGAGUUCAUGGCUCCUGACCUGCUGCUCUCUACCAGCUGUGAUGGCGCCAAGGCGGAUCUGUGGAGCCUGGGUGUGAUGUUGUAUGAGUCGCUGGCAGGGCGGGUGCCCUUCAGCGGGGCCACCCUGCCCGCCAUCCUGCGCGCCGCAGCCAGAAACAAGUAUGCGCCGCUGCCGGCGGGGGUCAGCGGGGAGUGCCGGGACCUGGUGGCGGCGCUGCUGCGGCCAGACCCCGCCAGGCGCAUCACUCUGGAGCGGGGGCUGCAGCACCCCUGGCUGCGCCAGGGG